UGUUUCUCAAGUUUUCCUUGUGAGAUACUGACAAUAUGGCAAAGUUCUCGAUUGUCACGGCUUUGUUUGCACUUGCCUCGCUCGUCUCUGCGCAAUGUGGCUCCGGAACUCCUGAUGCGAAAGUCACUGGCUCUGGAAGCUCUUUCGUAGCUACCAAAGGGUCUACAAAUGUUUAUUCUGGAUCAGAUUAUCGUGCAGCCAUUCAAGCGGCUCUCGAUUCAAUUAGCAGCGGCCAACGAGUCUCAGUAAUCGCAUCCGGAUCCAUUGGAGCCAGCACGAUCUCAAUCACCACCGGCAAGACUUUCGAAGGCUGCGGUACCAUCAACGCUGUCCUUAAGUCCGGCAGAGGAGCAAUCGAAUCCGUCAACACCAACGACGUCAAGAUCCCCUACCUCACCAUGACCGGCAACCCCUACUUCGGUCUCCGCUUCUACGGUACAAAGGGCCUCACUCUCGGCCAAAUCACCAUGAACCUCAGCGGCGGUCUCGGGAUCCGCUUCGACCGCGACCAAGCUGCGAACUCCAAUGUCAAAAUGGACACCAUCCGCGUCACUGGAGCUGGAAGUCAUGCAGUCGAGACAUGGAACAUCGACGGUCUGACAAUCGGGUCUGUCAUUGCGAAGGAUUGUGGGGAGUCAGGCUUGCUGCUCCAGACUACCACGAAUGCCAAAGUCGGACUUGUUGAUGGCAAUAAUGUCGGUGCUGGAACCGGGUACGGAACUCUUCGCUUCGCCAACAGGAAUGGUCGUCUUUCCAGUGGGUCAUACAGCAACAAUGUCAACAUCGACAAAGUUGUUUCUCGUGGUGGUGGACGUGGUGUCUUCUGCGUUUCGGAAUCAGGCGGUGCGACCAUCACGACUGUGGAUCUCGCUAAUAAUGGUAACAAUGCGAUUCUGAUCGAGAAUUGUUAUGGAGUUACGAUCAAGGGUGGAACUGUCAAUGGUGGUGGGGAGGUGAGAUUGGCUGCUAGGACGGAGUUUGCGAAUAACAAGGAUAUAACCAUUAGUCUGAAGGUUGACGGGACGACCGUCAGAGAGUCCCCAUGUGGAGAGAACAUCAAAUGGAAUUUGAGUGGAAGCGGUGCUAGGAAUAUCUGCUAGAUGGAUCCAAUCUUCUGGUAGAGCUCCGACGUGCGGUGUCAGACACUAAGCGAGUUUUGUACAUAUUCCUCGUUAUUCCGCCCCUUUUCCGACUUUACCCAGGCUUCUUGUUCUUAGUUCGUGCAAGACGAGAAGUGCUAAGCCGUAUCGUUAACCUUUGGAAACGUUACAUACCGCAGUACAGAUCAAUGCUCGCCAGGUAUCUAUCCCACAUACACCAGCCACGGCCACGGAAUUCGCCAGUAAGUAUCGCUAAGGUUAUAUUGAUGCACUAAAAAGUGUUGGAGUGAAACCGCAACCGUUCUUCACUCAGCUCCCCGGCGGUGGCCAAAAUGGCUUGAAACUAUCAGAUAGAACCAUUUUUGGAAUAUAAGUAGUAUUUGAUCC